UCGUCUGUCGGUUCCAAGCUUUUUGCAUGCUGCCGAACCGCCGAACGUCGAGCUUGUUUUGAUGUAGACUCAUGCGUUUCUACGAGCGUAAUUACGCUUUUGCAGGAACUCUUUGUGGUGCGUAAUGUCCGGUGAUUUAAGUACUUUGGACGAUUGGGACCCACUGAGUGAGGAGUAUUUCUCCGUGUCGUUCAACAGUUACAACCAAGGCCCGGGUGUCAACCUACCACUUGAGUGUUUGCCAGCGUUUUCUGAAAAGGCCGAGGUUGUCAGAUCAAGAACACUGUGUGUCAAAAAUCUACCUGUGGAGAUAACUGAGACUGGCCUUAGGAAUUUGUUUUCUGGCUGUGGAAAAGUGCUCGGCGCCCAGAGGCUCCAGCCAAGGCCGGAGUACCCAGACAAGACAGUCGGGUUCGUGGAUUUCCGAUCAACAAGAGAAGCCCUUGCUGCCAUUUCAAAGUUUCACGAGAAACCCCCGUUCCAUUUGAAAGUGAAUAUUGCCAGUAUGUCACUUUCGGACCGAUUUAGGUUUGACAGUAGGAAGAAGGAAGAGCUGGAUGAUGUACGUCGGAGGAUUGAGGAAAGGUACGGCGUGCCUUCGUUCAACAGUCCUCCACCAGGUGCUGGAAGAGGCAGAGGGCUUGUGUCUUCGCCGUUUCCACCUGAAGAUUUGAGAAAUAUUCACGUGGAAGUGGGUCCCAGGCCGGGCGAGCGGCGUGUCUACAGCAGCAGUAGCAGCAGUAGUGGAUGCAGCAGCCAAAGCAGCAGCUCCUCUGAUGAAUCCUUCAAGUCCUGCCGAUCGCACCCGGGUGGUGACAGUGAUAUUUUUGAGGAAGAUUUGCAGAUCGUCAUCACGGGGAACAGUAGUGGAGAACAGACACGCACAGUGGUCGUCCGUGACCUUUCCGCACUACCUGACCAGAAGUGUGUCUACUGUGGCGAAUACUCCGAAUUCUUGUGUCAUGUUUGCAAGGCAUACUACUGCUCACCAGACUGUCAGUUGAAGGACUGGCCUGCACACAAGGAGAUAUGCCAAAAGAAAGGUUUGCUGCCUACUCCUCACUCAAAACCACCCGAGAAGGAUAAGGGUGCAUCAUCUCCAAAACGAGGUGUUCAGAGAAACACUGACACUCUAGCAAAGGAGAGAGUCUCAUCACCACAACAGCAAGGUGGUCAGAAGGGCAAUGCAUUUUCUAGUGGAGCAAAGGACAAGCCCUUUGGUAAAGUUGGACAGGCUGGUUUGCCCCGGAAGCCCCAAGAGAAACCAGCACCCCAGUCGCCAAAUAGGCCUAAGACAAGCCCGCUGGGAUCGCAGUCACCAGCGAGGUCUGCUGUGAAAGAGCAUCUGCAGGCGCGUUCUAAAGUUGACAAUCUACUGAGCACAAGCCACCUUGACUCGCCAAUAAUACUGCCACUUGGAAAGGAUGUUGAGGUGGCCUUUUCUUACGGCACUAGCCUGUCGGAAUUCUACCUCCAAAACGUCUCCGAGAUGCAAGAAUUGGUGCAGCUACAGGCCACUUUGCAGACGUCGUGCACAACCAGCAGAGGCCAUAUGCCGACCAAGGGAGAAAAUUGCGCAGCACUGUUUGCUGACGAUGGCCAAUGGUAUCGCGCUAGGGUCACCUCACUGGGCCCUACUUGCACAGUCUACUUCAUCGACUACGGCAAUGUGGCCCAAGUACCCCCUGAAAGCAUUUGCCCACUUCCCGAUCAGUGCAAGAAUUUGCCAGCACAGGCAGUGCGCUGUGGGCUUUAUGCCGUGCGUCCAGUGUCAGCCUCGGCUGGCUGGCCUGAAGAAGCCUUUUCCCUGCUGGCUUCCAUGAUUCAGGAAGGCACAAUGUUUGCCAAUGUGCAAAACUUGGCAGAGGGCUUCAUCCAUGAAGUGGAGUUAAAGCCAAGGAAAGGUGGACAGAGUUUGAAUGAGCAGUUAGUGGCCAAAGGACUCGCCGAGCGCAUGGCAUCAGCCGCCCCUGCAGCUGUGCCCAUACCCAAGGCUGUGCCGACUCCGGCCCGGGCUGCAGAUACAGUGGCCUCACGCUUGAAGCAUCCCCAGCUCGUGAAGUCAAUACUAAAUGUAGUCAAGGCUGGGGACACCCUGCCCAUGCAGGUGACGGUGUCUGCCAGAAAUGUGGUGUGGUGUCUCACCAUGAUCCCCGAGGUUGCCGCUCCCUUGGUCGAACUGGAGGAGUCUCUGCAGAAAGAGGGAAGUGAACUUGGAAACACGAGUGCUGCUCGUAGUGUGACUUGUGGGGAUUAUGUGGCCUCCCAGUCUUCGGAAGACAAGCGUUGGUACCGGGCCUACGUGCUCGAGAAGACGGCCAGUGGGCACACAGUACGAUACCUGGACUAUGGAAAUGACGAACCUAACACAAAUGUAAUACCACUUGCACCUGCACACAAGGCAGUCCCUGCUGCAGCGGUGAGAUUGCUCACCUCAGACCCCACGUCCUUCAGAGUUGGGCAGGUGCUCAGUUUUUCUGUGGAGUCUGCAGAGGAUGGCGCAGUUCGAGGAACUGCUACCUCGCAAGAAGAUGGCAAAACGAUGGGCACAUUUUCUCUGGCUCCGUGGCACUCUGGUCUGGACAUUAUGGAACCUGUGGCACCAGCUGCUUCAAAGCCUGUUGUGCCAGCUGCUUCAAAACCCAUGUCACCAGUUGCUUCAAAACCAGUGGCACCAGCAGCUUCGAAAUCCACGUCGCCCGUUGCUUCGAAACCAGUGACACCAGCUGCUUCAAAACCUGCGACUGCUUCAUCUCCACCUGUUCCACAGCUACAGUCAAUGCUUAGCCUCGUCCAGACUGGCGACAGCCUUCCCAUGCAAGUGACGGUGUCUGCCCGGAACAUGGUGUGGUGCCUCACCAUGACUCCCAGUGUUGCUGGCCCCUUGAUCCAAGUUGAACAAAGGCUCCAAGACGAGGGCAAUGAGCUUGGUGACAAAGGUGCGACUCACAAGGUCAAUUGUGGCGAUUUUGUUGCUUCCCGAUCAUCGGAAGACAGGCGGUGGUACCGGGCCUGUGUGACUGAGAAGACUGCCAGUGGGCACACAGUGCGAUACUUGGAUUACGGAAACGAAGAGUCCAACACAGACAUUUUUCCUCUUGAACCAACACACUUGACAGUGCCUGCUGCUGCUGUUCGUGUGAUGACAUCAGACCCCACAUCAUUCAGAGUUGGGCAACUGCUCAGCUUCAUGGUUGAGUCUUUGGAUGGUGGCACAGUUCGAGGAACUGCCACCUCGGAGGAAGAUGGCAGAAAGAUGGGCACAUUUGCUCUGGCUCCCUGGAACUGUGAUCUCAAUGCAGGAGAACCUGUGGUGUCGCCUUCUCCACCGAAACCUGCAGCUGCUCCAGCCGCUCCUCCUAGUGCCUCUCCACCUUCCCAACCAUUGCCAAGCCAGCAAAUGGAUGCCAAGGUUCUGCAUGUGCCACAGCGGAAGCUCCCAAUGACCAAGUGCCCCAUGAUACCUGUCUGGAAAACACCAGAGGUUCUGUACCUACACCAGCAGAGCCUGGCGUCAGAGUUGCAGGCCAUGAUGGAGGCACUGAAUGCCUGGGUUAAGAGUGAGCGGCCCGAGCCAACUGUGACAAAGUACUCCAAGGGGGACUAUGUAUGUGCACUCUUCAGCGAGGAUGCCACUUGGUACAGAGGCCAGGUGCUGACUGAGAGGUCGCCUGAUGGCAAGUACUUGGUGCUGUUCAUAGACUUUGGCAACAACGAGCAGCUGCCAGUGUCAUCGCUGCGUCCGCUGCCACCACGAUUUGCAGAGGCACCAUUAUUUACCUUCGGUGUAGUGCCACAGAAUGUGCGGCCAGCUGACCCACGACUUGCUUCCCUGCUGGAGCAGGAGCCUUUUGCAGUCGUGCAAGUGGACAAGACGCGUUCAGGCGUGCCGAUUGUUCGCCUUGAGCGCAAGGAUGGCACCUGCCUCAAUGACCUCAUCCGUGGCGUUCGUCCCAAGGAGUCUGCACCACUGGUAGCUGAUGGCCUGGCAUCCCAAGAUCCACAGCAGGCCCCUGAUGAAACCCCACCACCUGCAUUUAUAUCUGAGUGUCCAGUUCCAAAGAGCCCAUUUAAUGCUGUUGUUUCUUCUGUGGAGGGAAACCUUGUGUAUGUGCAGCCACUCAACCGCUGUGCAAACCUACUGAAGAUUACGGAAGUGCUAGCUGACAAGGCUCGGCGAGACCCUGGUUUCAAGUUCAAAAGCUUGCCUGCAAUCAAUGAGUGCGCACUGGCACUUUAUUCAGAGGAUGAGCAGUGGUACCGUGCCAGGGUGGUCUCAACAGAUCAAGCUGCUUCUACGGUGCGGGUUAUGUUUGUUGACUACGGCAACACAGAGAACAUGACCGCCAAGUUGCUGCUGCCAAUCAAGGAGGAACUAGCCAUGGAACCUGCCUGUGCAAUGGCUGUACAACUUGAAGGUGUGCCCGUGCUUUCGCCUAGGGCUCACGACUUCAUCCCCAAGGAGCCACUCAUAGUGGAACUGGUCAACAGUGCCACGCCACCCCUAGCUCGCCUCAAUCUUAACGGGAAGUGCAUCAACACUGUCGCUGCUCCCAAGGAUGUACCACCGGCACCAAAGAAGACAUUUGCGGAGAGGCCUCUACCUGUCGGACGCACCAAGGCAGUCAUUACACACGUUACUGACCCCGACAGGUUGUUCUAUCUGCAGCAGAGCAGCCUGCUUCCCGAAUUGCAGUCCAUGAUGCUCGAGAUCAAUGGUUCAGUUCCAGACACACCUGUGCCUUCACCAGCCCUUGGUGACACGGUGUGUGCACGCUAUGCUGCAGACGGACUCUGGUAUAGAGCAGCAGUGGUUUCCCUACCUCAGGAUGGCAAGUGCAAGGUGUCGUUUGUGGACUUCGGCAAUGACGAUUUCGUACCGGUCGGUGACAUCAGGCCCCUUGCCGAUCAGUUCAAGGCCAUUCCGCUCAUCGCCAACUGCGUUGCACUGCAGGGCGUCAAGUCGGUAGGCAAAGAGUGUGUGGAGCAGUUACUCAAUAUCGAAGUUGAGUUUGAAGUUGUGGAUACCUCAAGCCAGCCGUGCAAGGCAAAGAUUUAUUCAGAGGACACCUGCCUCAACGAAUUGAUUGAAUGAAGCCGAGAGAAGUAUAACUCUGGGGCCAUUUACGUUAUUUUGUGCUUUGUAAUUAGUCCAACAAAAGCGAUCUUUUUCUGUUGCAAAAAGUACAAAUAAACUUUUUGAACC